GUGGGUAAUGUUCAAAAACUCUAAAUUGAGCGGGUUUUUCAACUUUAAAAAGGUUUUGGUUCGGAGACAAAUGGUUUUUGUUCACUAGUGUUACAGCUGUUUCCUUUAGUUUGGCUCGACUCGUUUCAGUUGGUGGCUGUCAACCACCGAGUCUUCGGCGAUAGAAGUGUAUCUUCCUACGCGUUUGACUCAGUUGACCUAAUGAUCGGCCUCUCCAAGACAAAAUAUUCGGGAUUUUGGAAUUACUGAGAGAGUGAUUUCCCAGAGAUAAGAAUUAAUACGUUAGAACAUUGUUUUGAAGCUCUACUAUUCCGCUAAUGGCUUGCUACACAGUCUCACACUACACAAGAAUCAAUAAUUGGUUGUGGGUGGCUUAAAGCGACUACGUCAUACUGUCAAUAGUCUUCUAUCAAUAAAGAUCUACUGCAUCAACCAUAUACUACACAGUCGCGACGCUCUCUCUCUCAACAUCAAAUUUAAGGUUAUAUUUUGAUGCUUUCUGAUAGAGUCCGCCUUGACCGCAACACCAUGGAUGCACUUGGCUUGUUAAUUUUGGUCCUUUUAGUCGUAAUUUAAGCUUGUCUUAAUUAAUUUGGUUUCUUGGAUGGACUAAGGCUACUUUGUAAAUAACAGCCACGGGAGACGGUUCAACAUGCGAAAAAGCCUUUGCUCUAGGCCUAAAACAACUCUCUUUUCAGUUGAUAGGUUUUGAAUAGUGAGCCGUACAAACGGCUUCAAUAUUACAUUAAUUGUCAACAGUAGCACUCUCCGUGUCCCACGCCAGUGAAAAGUGGAAUCAAUUGCAAGAAAAAGAGAUGGGAAAAACCUUAGCGCCAACGUGGAGUGACUGUGUGAUUGGAGUUGUGGUAAUAAUUCUAUUUUGCGUAACUCUUCUUCUCAACAUCCUCGCACUCCAUUAUACCUAUAGUAAAAUUAGAAAACCGUCAAAUAAGAAAAUUCCGCACUUGCUUGUCGGCGCGUUGUCGUUGGCUGGACUUGGUAUCGCAUUGUUUCAAUACCCGCCAUUUAUUGCUUCUCGAUUCAAGGGAGAAUGGUUGUAUGACUCUGGAGUAUGUAGCUUCGUAGCCUUUGURAUAGUUCUUUUUGGCAAUCUAACUAUAUGUAUGGUAGUACUGAUGAGUCUUGAGCGCCUUGGUGCUAUAGUUUUUCCUUUCUUUUACAAAGAAUAUGUAAGCUUUCGUAAAGCAGUGAUCAUCGUUCUAUUCCUGGUUGGAUAUUCUGUAUUUCUCGCUAGUUUACCUAUAUUUUUGGACCGAAUUCGUUUGAACGUAUCAACCGGCGUUUGCACGUAUGCCGUAGAUACUUACAAUACUAACACUAAGAUUGUAGUGGCAGUGAUGGUAACCCACUAUAUUGCAUCUAUCAUCGUGAUGUUUGUUGCUAACAUGAUCGUCGUAAGAACUGUUAGCAUGCUUGACCGGAACACUAUGUCUGGCGAAUAUGAAAGUCGCUGUGGGGAAAGAAAGCARCACAGUACUCAUGCCUGUUUGAAUUUUGCAAAGAUGGUAGGAGUUCUAGCGUUCUGCUAUACAAUCUGCUGGACAGUCAUUUUGUUACGUAUUUUGCUACUUUACGUGUAUGGGUGGAGAAAUUAUUACUACGAUCAAGUGGUGAUUGUSCUGACUACGUUUGACCCUCUCAUUAACCAUUGCGUGUGCUUAUGGAUCAUGAGGAGGUAUCGUGACGGUUACGCAAGCUCGAUGGGGAGCAUUAUGUCCUGUUUUAAGAUCUCUGAUGAUGGUAUCUGGGCCACGACUAUCACAAGAUUAAGUACCAUUUCCAGAAGAUCUACCUACUCCCGUGCAUCUACAAGGUCUUCUCAGUCAAGGCAUUCUUCAAAACCUUACUUCUACAAGCAAGUUCCUCAAAAUGCUGAAAAUCCCAACCAAGACAUCUCCCCCGAAGGAGAAGAAAUUCUUGACCAAACAUUAAAAAAUCAAGAAAAAGAUAUUGGAAGUAAAGGGGUGAGUUCAGACGGUAAACGGGAAUGGUCAGAGAUUAUAAGGGAACUUAAAGCAGAGAAAGAAACGCACGAAGAYCAGAAGACAUUAUCUCCGGACGAGAUUAAAACUGUCGAGAAGGGCGCGCUGCAUGAUCCUGAAAUCUUGGAGCAGGGUGAAUUGUCAUUAAAAAAAUGGAAAACAUCAUUGCAAAAAUUAAAAUCAACAAAAGCAGAAAAACAUGAUUCAUCAAAACAUCUUCAGCACGAUAUUCUUGUUACAUUGCAUGAACAACGAGAAGAUAUAUCAGAGCAUCAGUCAACUGAGGUAAAGAAUGACACCGUACCACAGAAGGACGACACGACAAGAAGUCGUGGGAAUUCUUCAUCCGACGACGAAGAAGCAAAGGAAGAAUGGACUGAGAGGAUUUCCGACAAACUUAGCAAACAAGCAAAACCCGAAGCAAAACAUACCCAUGAUCAACUAGACAAGUCUAACCUCCCAGAACUUCUCCAAGAACUUAAGACAGCCAAAUCCGAAGAUGAGCCAGAACUUCUGAAGCAUGGAUCGACAUCUAAAGGAGGAGGGGAAGGACAAGCGGAUUUGCCAGAAAUCGUUCAGGACGCUGCCUCGAAGGAUGACGGACCACCAUCGGAGGCAUCAAUGAGCUCAGAACCAAGUGAGGUAAAGGCCGAGAGAGAUCAAAUAGCUGAAAGUUUACAAGAUGCUUUACAGUCUGAUAACGAGGAUUAACGACUAACCAGAAAACUGGAACUUAGAUAGAAUGACCUAUAGUCUUAAUCACAAUAUAUAUAAUUGUUUCCUAAAUAGGAACUCUAAGGCAGGCCCACAAACGUUUCAAAUAAAUGCAUGGACUUAUUUACUAAUUUWAUGAAGAAAUGAUGCAGUCUGACUGAUACUUCAGUCUACUGAAUCUACGUAUAACAAGUGUGCCGAACAAUCUGUUGCUUCAUCAUAUCACAGCAACACAUUCAUUUUAAUUUGAUAAGCGUUGGUUUCGAUGGAUCGAGUCCACUGCAAACAUAUAUGAUACAUAUGGUCCAUAUACGAAGAGUACUCCGGACAACAUAAUAUUGGACUGCAGUAAGAUAGGGACGCCAAGCCAAGGGGAAAAAGAUUCAGAAGAUUCCAUAGUAAAACCUCAGUACGUAACCCCUCAGGUAAACUUGAAUAGAAAAAUGAAGAACAAAAUCGUUCAGCUUGUCGCUCAACAUUGCUGUUUUCCACGGCUUAGAUAAAGUUACUUGGGACAAAGUAGUUGCAACGAAAGAUUUUCAAGCAAUAGUUUUGUCCACUGAAGAGAAUGUAAAGUGGUUGAAGUUUUGGUGCAACGUCAUUUGACGUUUAGCGCAACAGCCGCCGGGAGCCUCAGUGCUCAGUGUCUCUGAACGCACGAGCGGAUUUUGUAUGACUGCGCAUUGCGUGAGUGUACCAUGCAUAAGGGCGACGUAUUUUGAAUCAAUGUUUUCAUUUAUCAACACUACCAGGCAAUGUUCUGUGACUGUGUCGUGUCAUGUUUUGACAAGUCAAAACUGGCAACGUUGCGAGUUGGUCCUUAUUGUUACCUAUGGACUUGUCGUUAAUUGAUCAAGUGUCCUUUAUAGCAUCAUCCGGCACUUUGUCACGUGAAAGAAAGAAUUAUAAAUGGGAAUGCACUUGCCAAGUGACAUGUUCGACUUGGAAGUGAAAACAGCAUCAACUGAGAGAAAGUUAUUGCUUAAUACCUUUAGUUAGAGGUUGUAUAUACUUAUGCUUCGAAUACAAAAAGAAACGCCAUGACGAUUUGCCCCUCUAGCAGAGCAAUGCUGGGCGGCAAGUUCACUUUUACAUUGUCUGCUUUUAACGUUACAAUUGGCUUAGCAGUGAUGAAAACAUGUGCUGCACAACCUCCCUGCAAAGCGUUUUGUUCGCGCCUUUUCGAAUAUGGGCACUACCUUCGAAUGGACAUUGAUUACAAGGCUUGYAUGCUGACAUUUUGCUCGUUUGUUUUCGCUGUACUGUGGUCUGGGUUAAACGUUUCACUGUGCGUUUUCAAAUUAAGGGGUCCUCUCACAUGCCCAUGCUAUCCAUUACAUUGUCAUGUGCGAUAAUACGCGCGAAUUGUGAUCGAAUUUAAUAUAUUUGCAUCAUCAGUGUUUAUAUCGAGCAAGGGGGGUUCUUCAUUGAGUGAAGGAUUAGCAAAUGAAUUUCAAUAGAUAAUUUGAAAUUAAAUUUUGAUAUUCAUGAACUUUAAGGGAAAAGUGUAAAUACGACAUUAUAUUUUUAUGCGAUAAAUGCGAUCGUCAAGAUGGGGCAAUAAGUCAAUAUAUAUAUGCACUAGAAUAAACCUAUACGAUUUUAUUUCAUGUCAGACCCUCUAAACUGAUGGGGUGGUGGCAACCAUCCCAAAAUUACCGUUAAUAACACAUACAUUCUUCUUAAGAUAUUUCGUUUAUUUUUUAGAAUUAUUUCCGUGGGGUGGAUAGCCCAUCCCAAGCCAACUCUGUUCCAAAAACGCCUGUACAUGGAAAGCUCGCUAAUUUUUUGACUUGAAUGUAGCUUUUCGUAAGAUUAAUGAAAACCGUAUAGUUAUUUCCAAAAAAUAGCGGAAAAAWUUUUUUGAAUGAACGAGGUAUUCAUAACUAAUGAAUAUGGGAAAACUUGCACUCCGAUUUGAUAGCGAGAAGAGAAAUGGCGACAAGAUUUUGAUUUACGUUUUGAACACUAUGAAAAUAAAAUUGCUUAUAAUCCAGAAUAUCCAUUUCAAGGUUUUCGAUACAAUAAACAAGUUUUCCAUUCAUUAUUGCUUACAUGUAGGCACACGAUAGUUUAAAAAAUACUUUGCUUAUUACUGGAUGUUUAUUACUCAGGCCAUUUUGAGCCAUUUCUAUCAUUCAAUCUAAGAAUGAUAGAAGUGACUCAACGCUUUCUCAAAAUGACCUGAAACUCCACAGGAAUAGAAAGAAAACCACAAAUCACAGGUAGAGAUGUUUAUUUUUUAUUAAAUCAACAUAUUUCGCAAAAUUACUAAAAACGGUUAAAAUACAUAGCUUGGGCUACCUGUGGUCUAGUUGUACUCUCGAUAAGUAUUAACAUUGUAGUUUUUUUAAUUCAUUUUAAUAUUCCUAAAAUCUCAAUCAAGUUUUCAUAAUUUGUAAGUGUAGCGUAAGCCAAAUCGGAGUUUCACUGAACUGCGUGCGUUAAAAAUUACAAUAACUGUCAAAGUAGUCGAAUGAAGCGAAAAUAAUGAUUCUUUUUUUACUCUAUAAAUAUUCAGUGUUGUUCCGACGCACGCAUACUUUUGAAUUCUGUUGUUGUAAACUCCGAUAAGGCUUAUAGCACUGAAUAAUAUAUGGGUAAUAGAUGAAGAAAAACAAAAAAAACAAAAACAGAAAAUCAAAAGGCACUAUAAUAACUAAAGUAACUAUAUUUUAGUGACAAUUGUGUUUUUACGAUAAUCCUGCCAUAUAAUAAUCGUGCUAGAUUUUUGCAAUGGUCUCUUUCCAUAACGACGUGAGCGAGAUGCACCAUGGGAUUAAGAAAGUACAAGCUGAGCCAAGUUGUUGUUCAUUCGUGUUUUUGGUGUCUCAUAUCGUAAAUUUCGCGAAGAAACUUUCAUCACCGUAGCUUUUACAAGACAUCUGCCAUACUUGAUACUUUCGUCACGAUACCAUGAUGCACUUCGUCAAAACAUACAUGACGGUUAGACUGCCAUAUUAUUGCGCCGCUUUCGACCUAUCACUCACAUCAUUGAUUUGCAUUAUGGUGUUACAUACUACCAAGACCAGAAUGCUUUGCGCACUUUCUUUUGUAAUGUUAUUAGUCCGAAUUAUACUAAUUUCCAAAGUUAUCAAAAUUCUGAAUAACAAACAAUAUACGAAGUGAGAAAAGCAUCCUGAUGUUGGCAGUAUGCGACGCCGUAAUGCAAAUCGAAACAAGCGACCAUCGCCUUGUUUCGCGCUACGAUUGCCUAGUUUCGUGCGGUGAUCGUUCUAGUUUCGUUCGACGAUCGUGCUAGUUUCGUACGAUGAUCGUGCUAGAUUCUAUGGACGAUCGUAGCACCUUCCCUGGGAUCUAGUCUCUUUUAACAGCCACGACUUCCGGUCUCGUCAAAUUUCCUCCCCGAAAGUAAUAUGGAGAGGAAAUAUGACGAGACCGGAAGUCGCGGCUGUUAAAAGACACUACUGGGAUCGUGAUUGAUUCGUCGCAGGUAUUUGAAUUUCCGGUUACAAUAAACUAUAUAUCAAGAGUGACAAGUACAACGAUAUUUUUGUUUCUCUGUUAUGAUCGUGUCAAAAAUGAUGCAAAUUGUAAAUGUUGUAUUCAGUCAUAUUUAUGAAAUCGAAUCACUUAUAAAUUAUUUCAAAUAAUUCCCUUCACAGCAAAUCACACGUGGUUUGGACUGUUCACGAUGCCAAAUUUAGAAAUGUUAUUAUAUAGUUGGAAUCGACAAAAGUUUCAGAAACUUGUGUCCACAAUUGUUUCGUCCUAGAUACGUGGGUGAACUAUGCGCUCCUGUUUGACAGCGAGUUUGUUUAAGACGAAGAUUUAAAAGAUAAUUUAUUUUACGUAACUAGAGCAUUAUUAUUUAUUGUUUUACUAUGAAGUAAUGUUGGGAAACAUCUAAUAAAGGUUAAAACACUU